AUGGAACUGGUGAGACUGUUACUCGGCCACUUGCCCCGAUCCCAACUCGACUGGGAUAAGAGAACCGACCUUGAGGGCUGCAAAACAAAAGCUGAACGCUUGUUGAGGGAGGAUUCCCAGCAGUAUGCCAAGCGAAUUGCGGACUCUAUCAAAGUUGCUAGGCAGAAUCUCCACCAGGCGCAGGAACGGCAGAUCCGCCAAGCUAAAAAGAAGGGCCAGGAACCGAAUUUUACGGUUAGGGUCAAAGGCUGGGUCGACAUACACGGACUUACAAGUACAAGACCCAAUCAGGCAUUAGACUGGAGGAAGAGAGGGCUAUAG